GCCAGGGAAGAGGCGGGCCCAGCUGGAGAGCAAAGAGGAGCGUGAGGUCGCCGCACGCUGCGUCCCCAGGAGGCUUUGCGUGCCCCUCGCUUCCUCCCGGAUCUUCUGAGCGAGCGCGUGAACGGCUACCUGCGCAGGCCAUGGCGCUUCACGUCCCCAAGGCCCCGGGCUUUGCCCAGAUGCUCAAGGAGGGGGCGAAGCAUUUUUCCGGAUUAGAAGAGGCUGUGUACAGGAACAUACAAGCUUGCAAGGAGCUUGCCCAAACAACUCGUACAGCAUAUGGACCAAAUGGAAUGAACAAAAUGGUUAUCAACCACCUGGAGAAGUUGUUUGUGACAAAUGAUGCAGCCACUAUUUUAAGAGAGCUAGAAGUACAGCAUCCUGCCGCAAAAAUGAUUGUAAUGGCCUCUCACAUGCAAGAGCAAGAGGUUGGAGAUGGCACGAACUUUGUUCUGGUAUUUGCUGGAGCCCUUCUGGAACUAGCUGAAGAGCUGCUGAGAAUUGGCCUGUCAGUUUCAGAGGUCAUAGAAGGUUACGAAAUAGCCUGCAGAAAAGCCCAUGAGAUUCUUCCUGAUUUAGUAUGUUGUUCUGCAAAAACUCUACGAGAUGUUGAUGAAGUGUCAUCUCUGCUUCAUACCUCCAUAAUGAGUAAACAAUAUGGUAAUGAAGUGUUUCUGGCCAAGCUUAUUGCUCAGGCAUGUGUGUCUAUUUUUCCUGAUUCUGGCCAUUUCAAUGUUGAUAACAUCAGAGUUUGUAAGAUUCUGGGCUCUGGCAUCUAUUCCUCCUCAGUAUUACAUGGCAUGGUUUUUAAGAAGGAAACCGAAGGUGAUGUAACAUCUGUCAAAAAUGCGAAAAUAGCAGUGUACUCUUGUCCUUUCGAUGGCAUGAUAACUGAAACUAAGGGAACAGUAUUGAUAAAGACCGCUGAAGAAUUGAUGAAUUUUAGUAAGGGAGAAGAAAAUCUCAUGGAUGCACAAGUCAAAGCAAUAGCUGAUACCGGUGCAAAUGUAAUUGUAACCGGUGGCAAAGUGGCAGACAUGGCUCUUCAUUAUGCAAACAAGUACAAUAUCAUGUUGGUGAGGUUGAAUUCAAAAUGGGAUCUCAGAAGGCUAUGUAAAACAGUCGGUGCUACAGCUCUUCCUAGAUUGACUCCUCCUGUUCUUGAAGAAAUGGGACAUUGUGACAGUGUUUACCUCUCAGAAGUUGGAGACACACAGGUGGUGGUUUUUAAGCAUGAAAAGGAAGAUGGUGCCAUUUCUACCAUAGUGCUUCGAGGCUCUACAGACAAUCUGAUGGAUGAUAUAGAAAGGGCAGUAGAUGAUGGUGUUAAUACUUUCAAAGUUCUCACAAGGGAUAAACGCCUUGUUCCUGGAGGUGGAGCAACAGAAAUUGAGUUAGCCAAGCAGAUCACAUCAUAUGGAGAGACAUGUCCUGGACUUGAACAGUAUGCCAUUAAGAAGUUUGCUGAGGCAUUUGAAGCUAUCCCCCGGGCACUGGCAGAAAAUUCUGGAGUUAAGGCCAAUGAAGUCAUCUCCAAACUGUAUGCAGUACAUCAAGAAGGAAAUAAGAAUGUUGGAUUAGAUAUUGAGGCUGAAGUUCCUGCUGUAAAGGACAUGUUGGAAGCUGGUAUUCUAGACACUUACUUGGGAAAAUACUGGGCUAUCAAACUGGCUACAAAUGCUGCCGUCACUGUACUCAGAGUGGAUCAGCCUAGGAACCCCUUUCUACAAAUAACAAUGGAAACUCCGGGAGUUCACUGUGUCAUGUGGAAGGCCCAUGAAGCCCUGAAGCACGUGCACGCCACCAACUUUAAGGAAAAUGGAGCCUCUAGUUGUCCAUGGAGUUGCUAGAACCUAGGUGCAUAGAAUUCUUUCUGCUAAACUGUUUUGAGGAACUAAAAAGUGUCAAAAAUCAUAGUAUUUCUGCCAAUUUUUUUUGCAGGGGGUGGUGGGAAGGAUACUGUGGCAAAGAGGAAAAUGGUCAAGACUCUUCUAGGUUCAGAUAUGAGCCUGAAUUCAAAGGGGAUUUUUCAAAAGGUGUUUUCUGAAAUCCAUUUUCCUUCAGAAUUCUAGAAAUGAUUGUUAAGUAUUGCUUAAUAGAAAGUUGUAAUUGUGAGGGGCAUGGUUAUAAAUCCAUUAGGUGAAAAUCAUGCCAAAUUAAUCUUGGGAGAAACAAGUUAUAAGUAGAAAUUAAUGGAGAGGAGUUUAGACUUACUCUAAGCAUAACAAGGACCAGUUAGUUGUUGAUAAUUAAAACAUUCUACACCUCAGUAGAAAUAAGAACUUUUUUCCUACUUUUGGUCCUUGAGAUGACAAAAAAUGGAACUGGAUAUCCAGUUUCAACUCACUGGAGAUAAACAAAUUGGAUGUUCAUGUCCUGGAUUUAUUAAUAGGGUGUGUUUAUAUCAGUGUAUCAGGUGGUUUCCAGUAGAAUAUGGUUUUGGAGUUCUCAAAUAGUGCAGGCCGAAGAAAAUGGUUUUUCUAAAAUUUAUACUAAAAAUAGAAGGGGACAGGAGAAGCUAAGUACAUUGAAGCAUGAGGUAAACUGGAAUUCUAAUAGUGGGAGUUCCUUAACUGAGGAACUUUUUAAAUGUCAGUUAUCCAAGUGAGACAGUAAUUAUUACUAAUAACCCAAGUGCCUUGAUCACAGAGGCACUUCUCAAUUUUGGUUUUAAACUGGGAUGCCUGUGUUUUGUUUUAUUGUAGAGCAGGAUGUUGAUUGUUGUGUCUCUGGACUUUUUUCAAAUAUCUGAAGAACCCAUCUGACUAUCAGUAACCACUUUGUUACUAUAAUGAACUUGUACUCUUUAAGGGACUUGCGAAUCAAGUUUUAAAUAUUGAAGAACUUAGGGCUGGAUUCAUCUUUGUUCAGGUGUUUGUUUCACUAGUUCUGAAAUUAUAGUCCCCAAACCAACAGCAUCAAGAUCACCUAAGAAUUUGCUAAAAAUAUAAAUAAAUUCUCGGGGCCCCUAACAGGCCCACUGAAUCAGAAACUCUGGGAGGAGGCCCAGCAGUCUAUUUUAAAUAAGCUCUCUGGUGAUUGACGCCUACUAGGCUGAGAACUGUUCUGAGAUGUUUGGUUUUAUCAAGCUACACUCAGGUUCUAAAACUGUACCUAAUACCUUUAAUUCAGCCUGAAUUUAACCUCAAUUAGUGAAAUGUUAUAUGAAGAAUUUCAAGUUUAGAUUUCCUGUAGAAGCUUCUGAAAAAAGG